GAAGCUGGGGGAGGGGUGAGGAUGGAGGGAGCUUGGGCCGGGAGGCAGUGCGAGCCCGGGCCCGGCAGCCUGGGCUGGGCUGGACGGAAGCGGGGACGGCUGUGGGGACGGCGCUUUUUCCUCUGCCCCGCCCCCUGGGACCACCUCCCCUCACCCCUGCUGUCUGCCGGCCGCGGUCUGGCCGGUGGCCGUUAGUUAGGUUUCCCGAGGCCGUUCCUUGAGGCCUCUUUCUCCGGGGUCGAGGAGAGGCCGUCUCCCUAAGGUCACGGCCGGCCCCAUCUCAGCACCGAGCCCUACGUGUGAGGAAAAGGCCGGUUGGGAUUUCGGGGCUUUCCCGCCAGAGCAGGUCUUCUCUCAGGGGAAAGCUGUUUUCACCGGGAAGCUCAGCUUUUCUGUUAUACCUGCUUCACCUCCCGCCUUCCUUGAGACCUGAAAGAUAUUUCUCGACUACUUCUGCGUCUCACGUAAACAUUUCUCCAACUCUUUUUACUCUGUGGUAUCUCCCCGAGAUGUGAUACCGCUAGUGCCACCACCAGAGAGAAGCGUCUGGACCCUCCUGCCCAGGUUAUGAAAAUCCCCUUAACCGCCACCGUUUGCUUACCUGGCUCAUCGCCUUCUGGACUUUGUAUCUUUGCUGAAGUCAGUGAUGUGAAAACACCUGACAUGGAUGAUACCGCUGAUAGGAUGAGGAUGGAUGCUGGAGAAGUAACUUUAGUGAACCACAACUCCAUAUUCAAAACCCAUCUCCUGUCACAAACAGGUUUUCCAGAGGACCAGCUUUCACUUUCUGACCAUCAGAUUUUACCUUCCAGGCAAGGAAAUUUGGACCGAUCUUAUACUUGUUCUACAAGAAGUGCAGCUUAUCCAAAUUAUUAUUCAGGAUUCUUUGUCAGCAAGAUGAGAUCUCCUCCCCUAAAAAGACACAACCCUUCCUCAGACAGUUUUCUUGGCUCAGGAGACCUAAGAACCUUUGGCCAGAGUGCAAAUGGCCAGUGGAGAAAUUCCACUCCAGCAUCAGGUUCAACUUUACAAAAAUCAAGAAACAGCCGAAGUCUUUACCUCGAAACCCGAAAGACCUCAAGUGGAUUAUCAAACACUUUUACAGGAAAGUCAAACCAUCACUGUCAUGUGUCUGCAUAUGAAAAAUCUUUUCCUAUUAAGCCUGUUCCAAGUCCAUCUUGGAGUGGUUCAUGUCGUCGAAAUCUUUUGAGCCCCAAGAAAACUCAGAGGCGACACAUUAGUACAGCAGAAGAGACAGUUCAAGAGGAAGAACGAGAGAUUUACAGACAGCUGCUACAGAUGGUCACAGGGAAACAGUUUUCUGUAGCCAAACCUACCACACACUUUCCUUUACACUUGUCUCGAUGUCUUAGUUCCAGUAAGAAUACUUUGAAAGACUCACUGUUUAAAAAUGGAAACUCUUGUGCAACCCAGAUCAUUGGCUCUGAUACUUCAUCAUCUGGAUCGGCCAGCAUUUUAACUGCCCAGGAACAAUUGUCCCACAGUGUGUUUUCCAUAUCAUCUUAUACCCCAGAUGUUGUUGCAUUUGGAUCCAAAGAUUCUGAUCCUCUCCAUCAACCCCAACAUCACCACUCUCUUUCACAUCAGCCAGAUAACUUACCAGCUUCAAAUACACAAUCUGAAGACUCUGUGAUUUUACUCAAAGUGAAAGAUUCCCAGACUCCAACUCCCAGUCCUACUUUUUUCCAGGCAGAGCUGUGGAUCAAAGAAUUGACUAGUGUUUAUGAUUCUCGAGCACGGGAAAGAUUGCGCCAGAUUGAAGAGCAGAAAGCACUGGCAUUACAGCUUCAAAACCAGAGACUGCAGGAACAAGAACAUUCAGUACAUGAUUCAGUAGAACUGCAUCUUCGUGUGCCUCUUGAAAAGGAGAUUCCUGUCACGAUCGCCCAAGAAACAGGAAAAAAAGGUCAUAAAUUAACGCAGAGCGAAGAUGAAUUUCCUGAAAUCACAGAGGAAAUGGAGAAAGAAAUAAAGAAUGUAUUUCGUAAUGGGAACCAGGAUGAAGUUCUGAGUGAAGCAUUCCGCUUGACUAUUACACGCAAAGAUAUUCAAACUCUAAACCAUCUGAACUGGCUCAAUGAUGAGAUCAUCAAUUUCUACAUGAAUAUGCUGAUGGAGCGAAGUAAAGAGAAGGGAUUGCCAAGUGUGCAUGCAUUUAAUACCUUUUUUUUCACUAAGUUAAAAACGGCUGGUUAUCAAGCAGUGAAACGUUGGACAAAGAAAGUAGAUGUCUUUUCUGUUGACAUUCUUUUGGUGCCCAUUCACCUGGGAGUGCACUGGUGUCUUGCUGUUGUAGACUUUAGAAAGAAGAAUAUUACCUAUUACGACUCCAUGGGUGGGAUAAACAAUGAAGCCUGCAGGAUCCUCUUGCAAUACCUGAAGCAAGAAAGCAUUGACAAGAAAAGGAAAGAGUUUGACACCAAUGGCUGGCAACUCUUCAGCAAGAAAAGCCAGGAAAUUCCACAGCAGAUGAAUGGAAGCGACUGUGGCAUGUUUGCCUGCAAAUAUGCUGACUGCAUUACCAAAGACAGACCAAUCAACUUCACACAGCAACACAUGCCCUACUUCCGGAAGCGGAUGGUCUGGGAAAUCCUCCACCGAAAGCUUUUGUGAAGACUGUCUCAAUUAGCAGACGUGGACUUGUGGGAGACCAGCUCUUUGUUGUCUACAGCCAGAGACCUUGGAAACAGCUGCUCCCAACCCUCUGUUCUUGUAAAGUCCUUGAUCCUGGACCAGGCCCUGGAGAGAUGCACUCACAAGCACAUCUGCCUUUCCUUUUGUAUCUUAGAUACUAUUUUUGCAAAGAAACUUUGGUGCUGUGAAAGGGGUGAGGGACAUCCCUAAGCUGAAGAGAGAGACUGCUUUUCACUUCUUCAGUUCUGCCAUCUUAUUUUCAAAGGGCUCCAGCCUCACUCAGUCUCUAAUUAGGGGCCUGAGAGAAGCUUGGAAAGACUCUUGAUUUCAUGUAAACUCUUGUUGUUAGGCCUUACUAAGAGGUAGGAAAGGACGUGGGCAAAAAGGUAGGGAUGAAAACCACCAGCAUAUACACGCACACAUACAUACACACAGGAUUUUCAAGAUAUGUCACUGGGAAAGUGACUGUAAACUGGACUUUGGGGCACCUGCAUAAUUCCCUCCUCCAGGACUUUUCCUAUUUAUAUGCCCCUUUGUGAAAUCCGUCUGCUUCUGUACAAGGCUGUUUUAUCAUCUGUAGCAUCUUCCUCUCCUGAGGCACAACACGUGAGCCCUGGAUGGACCCCAAAGUCCCAGGCAGUCCUUUCCUUAAAAGCAGAGGCUUGCAUGUGCUCACAACACAUGAUAUGGGGAAGACCCACCCAGGGAGUGGUUUAGUGGAGUGACAAGGCACCACUUUUACUGCUACCUACUUCUGACCAAGAAGAAGGACCUCAGUCUUUAGCAUAAAAUUCCAGCAUUGGAUGAAUGCAGGUCUAGUUUGGUCUGUGGCUAGCUAGUUUAAAUAUGUUUCUAACCACAGAGAAUUUAAUAUAUAUAUAUAUUUCACAGGGAUAUGUUUUUUUUUUUUUUUGAAGGCUGAAUGUGUUCACCAUUUUAGCCUGUAGGUUUAUUACCAUUUUCCAAAUUUAGCUCCAGCACGCACAGAUCCCAGCCCCUAUGUGUAGGGUGUUUGUGGACUUCCUAACAGAAUAUUUUGAUUCCUGGUUGAAUUUUGGCUUGGGGUAGAGGUUACAGAGGGAGGCGAGAUUUUCAACUGGAAAACGGGUGGAAUUUGGACUGAUCAGCUUGAGAUUGAAAAACUGCUAUUCCUUUUGUUCUUUGUGGCAUCUCCCCACCCUCUGAGCGCUCCUCAGGCUAGAUAGUGAAACGAUCCAAUGCCAGUGUCAUUUUGUACUUAAGUUCCAAAAUAGGAACAUUUUAUACUUUUUUCUCUAUUGUAAUAGGUAGUUUUGUAUGAAAUCUUUUCUUCUCUUCCCAUGUACCUCAUCCUUUCCAACAUUGUGCUUUCUCCCUGGGCUUAUUUGAAAAUUUUACUCUGUUUUAUAUCAAGCUUGUUUAGUACAUUUUUCUAUGUGUUACCACAGGUUACAAUUUGAAAAGAAAACUAUUUUUUUUAAAUAUUCCAUUGUUAACUGAAUGUUACUGUUUUCCACUCCAGCAACUAGAUGUCCUACCUUUUUCAUACUGCCUGCCUUUGGGGGGAAGACCACCUUUUGUUUGUUUGUUUUCUUUUUUUUUCUUCUUUCUUUCUUGCCUGUUUUGUUUUGAUUUGUUUUUUUUGUUUUGUUUUGGUUUUUUUUGGUGUUUUCUAUAGGAAAUAAAUAGCUUUCUAUAUAUGAGUUCUUGGGACUUUCACAUUCUCUUUUAGAGAGCUAUGGCAUGCAGGCUCAUUGUGGGACUCCUGAACAUUGAUUCUUGGUACUUAAUGUAUUUAAGUGACAACUUGAAAGGUGACAAUAUGGUAUAGAUUUUGGACCAUGAAUCAAAAAGACCUGAGUUUUUCAGGCACUCUUGCUGUUGUCUGGGGGACUCAAAACAAGAUACUUCUCUGUAUUUAUUGUUUGUCCAUUUAGAUAACAUCUGUCUUACUUUCCUCACAGACUUUUUGUACAGACCAAAGCAACAAAUAUUUAUUGCCAUGUACAGCAGAAAAUGAAACAUGCAACAAAAGCACUUUGAAAAAUAUACAAGGAAUUGUUAAGCCUGUCUGAAUUUGGCCCCACUUUCUGACCAGUGUAGUUUUGUACAAGGUGAAGUUAGUGAUCCUGAGAUGCCCUGCAUGAGUGGUCCAGGCUGAGACACAGGUUGUGGUCCAGGGUGGGAACCAAGUAGACUUAACAUAGUGGGGGCCAUUCUUUCCAGACAGCUGCCCAAGAAGAGCAGGACUAGCAUCUGGAAACUUUCUUCUUCAUUUAAGGGCGGACCUUGAUGACAGGGGGGAAAAAAUACGACGUUCCUGUAUUCCAUGGCCAAGGGCAUGUUACCAAUGUCUUGUUUAACCUGCUUUAAACUAAAGCCUGUUGCUUUCCUUUUCUCCGAUCUUCCCCUCGCCUCUGUGUCCAGUGCUCAUAAUUACCUGCCUCCCCAAAGAAAGGGAACACUUGAUGGAUGAUAAGCUCUAGAUGCCAGAUAUGGAGCCUUCAGCAGAAACCACAGUCUCAACAAUCACUCCUGGACCCUGUACAGAGAAAAUCAGACCAUUCCUGCCCAUUUGAGGAUACAUGGUGCGAGGCACAGAGGCUAGUUCCAU